UUAUGAGACUGAGAUCACUGGCAGCCUCCAAUAACAUGAGAAAGAGAGUAUAGUCCUAACACACUGGACUCAGAGCAGUCCUUCCUGGCAGUCAUGGGCUCAAUAAGCCUAUCUGUGUUGGGUCUCCUUGCAUUCAUCCGUACCUGUGAUCUCUAUCCACUCAGUCGUCCUAGCAAUGGACUUCGUGAGUGCCGCAAAAAUGUUACUUCACCAGCAUUGGAGGUCCUCCCUGGGGGAGGCUGGGACAACUUGCGUAACCUUGAUAUGGGGCGAGUGAUGAACAUGAGCUAUUCCCAGUGCCAGACCACCGAGGACGGCAUCUACCUCAUCCCAGACGAGGUCUUCGUCAUCCCACAGAAGAUGAGCAGAGUGGAGAUGAACUCGGAGAUCAUCAGUUCAUGGCUGGAACAGAAAAGCUCCACUUCAAGCUCCAUUAACGCAGACGGGUCCUUCUUCUCUGUGAUCAACGCCAAGUUCUCCACUGAGAACAAACGCAUGAAAACCUAUCAAGUGAAAGAGAGUUCUGUCAUAGCACGGGUACAGGUCCGUAAUCAUCUGUACACCGUUAAGGCUUAUCCUGAUUUCACUCUGGACACCCGCUUUGCCCAUCAGGCACAGAAAAUUGCAGAGGCCAUCGAGAGCAACCAAACUCGCCAAGCAAAUUAUCUGUCAGAAAAAAUGGUACUUGAUUAUGGAACACAUGUCAUCACAAGUGUUGAUGCUGGUUCUAUUUUGGUGAAUGAGGACUAUUUAAAAUCCUCUUAUGUUUCUGAUAUGCAGUCCUCGGAGUCUUCUGUUUCAGCAUCAGCUGGUGCUAACUUUUUUAGCAAAGUUGAAUUUAAAACUGAUAGUAAGGAACCUCAAACAUCUGAAACUCGGAACUACCAGGGUAACAUUACAUACUCCAUAACACUGAGUCAUGGUGGGGCUUUAUUUUAUCGUGGUAUCACUCUACAGAAAUGGCAAGAGAGCACACUAAACAAUCUGGUAGCUAUUGACCGUAGUGGACUACCACUCCACUAUUUCCUCAAUCCAUCAUUGUUUCCAGACCUCCCACUUCCAACAGUGAAUAAACUAGCUCUGUUUGUGAGUCAGGCCAUAGAACGCUACUACACAAUUAACACUCGCCCUGGAUGUGUGAAUCCAGACUCUAAAAAUUUUAAUUUCCAAGCUAAUGUAGAUGAUAAUUCCUGUGAGGGUCCCAGCACCAACCUUAGCUUUGGUGGAGUUUACCAGCAGUGCACUCCCCUGACUUCAGACGGAGAUGCAAUCUGCCAGGAGCUCGCUGAGAAAAACCCAGCCACUGACUCAUAUUCCUGUCAGCAACCAUACACUGCUAUCCUAUUGCGCUCAGAAACACAGAAAAGACCAUACAAUAACUAUGAGUGUCGCAAGGAUUGUCAUUCGUGCUGGUUGGUGUCUCAGUGCUGUAAAGACAUCUGUGGAAAUGUGUACUAUAUUCGGCGUGCACGCAUUGACACCUACUGGUGCUCCACUAAUGUGGUAACUCCAGAGUUCUCUGGAUAUCUCUUUGGAGGUCUGUAUGGCCCUUCUUUACAAAACCCAAUAACCAAAUCCAGAUCUUGCCCUCCAAAUUUCUUUCCUCAGAAAUUUUUGUCAAAUGGCAUUAUGAUCUGUCUGAGCAGCGACUACGAAACAGCAACCAAAUUCUCUGUACCUUUUGGAGGUUUCUUUAGCUGCCAGUCUACCAACUCACUUGCAGGAAGCCAGUCUCGCUGCCCACCACAGUUCAGUCAACAUCUUGCCGCCAUAAGCGAUGGAUGCCAGAUACUGUACUGUGUUCAGUCUGGUGUUUUCACUAGAGGCAAGUUACUGCCCAUCCAACUGCCACCUUUCACAAGACCUCCAGUGAUGAGUAUGAUGGCCACAAAUACUUUAGCUGUGAUGACUGAAAGUGAUCGAGCCUGGGUGAGAGUCAAUGGUACAAAAAUGUGGAGGGUGGCAAAGCCUGAGGACAUCAGCAAAAUGUCCCAGAUAUUUGAAGACUCCCCUCAGUCAUCUGGGAAAAAGGCUUGUGCUGCCUUUGGUGUUACAGCCUUGGUGGCUGUCGUGGUGGCAGUAGCAGUGUUAGUGGUGUAAGUGAGGAGGAGGAUUACUGGACCCGGCAGAGGCUACAAUAAAUUUCAAAGUACAACACUUAAUGAGACUAAUGUAGAGCGUUCACCAGAGCAAAAGUCAGCACUGCACUGAAAGCCCAACUCCAACUGUCUUACCUUAAUGUCUGUCAUUUUGUUUUCUUCAUUUUUAAUCUUUAUAUGUGUAAUCAUCUGUACACUGUUAAGGAUUAUCCUGAUUUCGCUUUCCAACAUGACGCAUAGCAGCCAUGACCUUCGUCAGCUAGACCAAACAUGGUGACUUUGUUUUUGAUAUGUUCUCUUAAUAAAUGUAUACACAAAAUGACUAUACUGAACGUCUAUAUGUAUUCUAUGUGCUCUUGGCAUUUUAUUUAACCUGUUGUUCAAUCUCAGUAUAUUACAGAAAAAAACGUCAGUUAAAUAAAUCAUGUCAGUCAUGUAAAAAAAAAAGCACUGCAUUGAACUGCAAAUAUGAACUAAGCUGCUGAUAAAAAUGUGAAAAGAGCAUAAUGAACAUGGAAUGUAAACUCCUUAAAAGCACAA